UCUACACUUGCAGAGGCAGAAACACAGCUCACUUUCUUUCCUGGUCUUUUCUCCUUCUGUGAGCCCCGUGGAACGCCUCAGAACAGUGUUUUAUUCACCAUGUGUAACUAUGAAAUAGCAUUCAUCGGUGGCAGAGAGACGGACUAAGUGCAUCUGACAUCUCUUGAUCGUUGGGACAGAAUAUGGAAAUGUCACUGGUUUUCUUUUCUCAAUUAAACAUGUGUGAAUCAAAGGAGAAAACUUUUUUCAAACUAAUGCAUGGGUCAGGAAAAGAAGAAACAAGCAUCGAAGCCAAAAUCAGAGCUAAAGAGAAAAGAAAUAGGCUGAGUCUUCUCCUGCAGAGGCCUGACUUCCAUGGGGAGACUCACACCAGCAGAUCUGCCCUUCUGGCCAAAGAAGCAAGGUGGGGACCAUCAAUUCCCUUAGUCUCCCACGAAGAAGCAGUGAAAUGGGCUGAAUCAUUUGACAAACUGCUUUCUCAUAGAGAUGGACUGGAUGCUUUUACUAGAUUUCUUAAAACUGAAUUCAGUGAGGAAAACAUUGAAUUUUGGGUAGCCUGUGAAGAUUUCAAGAAAUGCAAGGAACCUCAACAAAUCAUCCUAAAAGCCAAAGCAAUAUAUGAGAAGUUCAUUAAGAAUGAUGCUCCCAAAGAGGUUAACCUUGAUUUUCAUACCAAGGAAGUAAUUGCUAAGAGCAUCACAGAGCCAACUCUCCAAAGUUUUGAUCCAGCACAAAGCAGAGUCUAUCAGCUCAUGGAACAAGACAGCUAUACACGCUUUCUAAAGUCUGAGAUCUACUUACAUUUGCUAGAAGGAAGACCUCAGAGACCAACCAAUCUGAGGAGACGAUCACGAUCAUUUACCUACAAUGAGUUUCAAGAUGUAAAGUCAGAUGUUUCCAUUUGGUUAUGAGUAAAAGUAAUGUUUCUUAUUUUGAUGGAAAAUGUAUACAUCUACUUCUAAAAUAUAGCUUAUGUAUAGUAAGAAAUGAUCACACUUUUAAAAUAAACCAAGUAAAACAUUUUUAAAAUGUAAUAACUUUUAUAUUAAAAUAAUACUCAAGAGGCAGAGCCAGGAGGAUCUCUGUGAGUUCGAGGCCAGCCUGGUCUACAAAGCGAGUUCCAGGAAAGGUGCAGCGCUACCCAGAGAAACCCUGUCUCGAAAAACCAAAAAAAAUUAAUAACAAUUCAUAGUCUAUAUUCAUGAAAACCUAUUUUGAUAUUCUACUCAUAAUAAAAAAACCUUUAUUUCUUCAAUAAUCACCAGUAAAAAGAUAUCAGCAAAGCUUUGUAAAAUGUUGAAGUAUAAUGUAAACUUUGCAGUUAUGUCAUAAAUGUGUUUGGAUUAUUUUUCUAGGCAUAAAUAAUGUACUUAAAUAACUAUAUAUCCAUAUGAUAUUGUACAGAAUGAUGGGUUGCAACAUAUAGAAAUGAUCCACUUCUUAUAAAGUGGAAGUUUGGACAUCUAUUGUUGCAUACUGAUUCUGACUCCAGAAUAGCUGUCUGUCACUUCCAUAUUUAAACCAGCAACAAGGGAUCAUAUAAAGACACAUUUCUCUCUACCGAUUAAACAGGUUAAUCAUGACCCAGUUAGAUAUGUGAGACUAGACUUUGCAGUCAUAUCCACUGUAACUGGUGAACAUCUUUCAAUAGACAGAGCUACACCUCUGGACACUGGAGCAGGCUCAUAUUAAUAUAUCUCUACACAUCCACUAAAUGGACAACAUUGUCUCCUAGUAAAUGAACAUGCCACUGAUGACACCAAUCAGUGCCUGAAUGAUGAUGACCACAUGCUUUCACAGAAGUAUGAAUAUCUCACAUUUGGAAUUUUAAAGUUAGGGUAGAAAUUUAAAAUGAGAAGCACUGAAAAAAGAAAUCUAAAAACUUGACCACAUUGGCAUCUGCCAGUUCUGUUCUCUCAUUAUUAUGUUCUUCUAAUUCUUGUCUAAUAAUAAAUUAUUAAGUAAGAUUAUACUAAUAAAUAUAUGUCUCUAUAUUACAGAAAUAUUUAAUUGCAAUGUGUUACAUGGUCUGUAAAUGUCUGUAUUAAAGAUGGCAUAUUUUCAGAUUAUUAAAGGCUAUCAUUUUAGUUGAAGUGUAAAACAAAUUCUACCAUCUAUAAUAAUAAACUGUUCAAACUUA